UUUGAUUAGGAUUCAUUAGAUGUGCCCGGAAAGUUUAAAAAAGCCGCCGGACGGUAGGAAGGCGGGAGCAGUAGAAAGGCACAAGUAAAACAUGACAUGGAUAGAUCCUAACCCUAACUUCAAUGGCAGCAAUUCAUUUCCUUCCUUCUUCUAUCUCUCAGCACUGUCACUCAUUGGUCCUCACUCCACUCAGCCAUUUCAAAGUAUCCGCCUUUUUGCCCGCCAAUUGGGACAGACACCGCCGUAUUCACCAACCGGACCCGCCUCAGUGCUCCCCUGAUGACCGGACCACCUCCCAAAGCCCUGCAAAAUCCUCCCGCCGUGGCCGGAAAAAGAAGCCAGACACUGCAGCUCCGGCUUCCCCAACUCCCAGCAUAAAAAGACCCAGAGGCCGUCCAAAAAAAGAACCGCAAAGCAAAACCAUAGAAUCCGACUCCUGCAUUGAGCCUCAGGUGAAUGCUGACAAGGUUGACGACGUGAUUGAUUCUCCGGCGAAUAAAAUCGAAUCCUCGCUUGAGCCUCAGGUAAAUUCCGAUGAGUAUGACCAUAUUAUUGAUUCCCUGCGUGAAUUCGAGUCAUACAUUCAGCCUCAGGUAAAUCCUGACGAGGUUGACGAUUACGACGACGGUAUUGAUUUUCCGUAUGAAAACCCGCCUCUUAUAUGCUGCUUCGGGUCGGCAAAAAGAGAGUUUUUGCCGACGGUUAGGGUUUCACCUGAGCAAAUGGACCCGGAUAUAUAUUCAGAGUGGAAAAUGCUGCAGUGGAACCCGCCUGAGUUCGUGAGAGCCCCAGGAGGGCCGCCAUCAAAUGUGGCUAUUGCUCACGUGAGGCUUGGAGGAAGAGCUGCCUUUAUGGGGAAAGUGGGGAAGGAUAAGCUUGGAGAGGAUUUGGUUUUCUUGAUGAACACUGAGAAAGUGCAAACAAGAGCCGUUAAGUUUGAUCAAAUUGCAAGGACAGGGUGCUCCUACAUGAAAAUCAAGUUUGUGGAUGGGAAGAUGAAAGCUGAGGUUGUCAAGGAAUGUGCUGAAGAUUCUUUGCUCAGCUCGGAAUUGAAUCUUGCUGUGCUCAAAGAGGCCAGAAUUUUCCAUUUUAAUUCAGAAACAGUAGCAUCUCCCUCUAUGCAGUCCACUCUUUUCAAAGCAAUUUCUUGGUCAAAAAAAUUUGGCGGACUGAUAUUCUUUGAUUUGAAUUUGCCACUGCCUCUAUGGAAGUCACGUGAUGAGACAUUGAAAAUUAUCAAGGGAGCCUGGGAACAAGCAGACAUAAUUGAAGUUUCAAGGGCAGAGCUAGAGUUUCUUCUUGAUGAAGUUUAUUAUGAAUGGAGAAGACAUAAUAAGCCUGAAUACUUUGCUGAGUCUUUUCAGCAAACCAGAAAGAUUAGAGAUUACUAUCACUAUACCCGUGAAGAAAUAGCGCCGUUAUGGCAUGACCGUUUGAAGUUUUUGUUUGUGACGGAUGGAACACUACGGAUUCACUAUUACACCCCUUCUUUUGAUGGGGCUGUAGUUGGUACUGAAGAUGUGCUUAUAACACCAUUCACCUGUGAUAGAACUGGUUCUGGUGAUGCAGUUGUUGCUGGAAUAAUGAGGAAACUUGUAACUGAGCCGGAGAUGUUUGAAAACAAAGAUGUUUUGGAACGUCAGCUUAGAUUUGCCAUUGCUGCCGGGAUAAUAUCUCAAUGGACAAUCGGAGCUGUUAGGGGGUUCCCUACUGAAAGUGCCACACAGAACCUAAAAGAACAAGUUUAUGUGCCAUCAAUGUGGUAAAGUUAGUGUUGCAUUGAAUGUACAUGAAUUGAUAGUUUCUUAGGGCAUCCUCAUUGGGAGGAUUAUUAUGAGAUUAAUUUGGUGACAUGGAAGUUUUUUUAGGGAAUUAUCAUUGAGUGACAUAGAUUAUUUAAUGAGAUUAUUUGCUACAAUAAUCUGGGAUCAAAAUAUGAAUCUGGAUUAUUUUAAGAUUAUUUGAAAAAUAUACUAUCCUCUGUUCCAUAAAAGUUGAAACAGUUUGACUUUCA